UUUUAAUGAGGGAACAAUUACUGUGUGCACCUUUAAAACAGUGUGCAGUAGAUGUACAUGUCACAAACAGAUGUAUUAGUUCAUGUACACUUUAGUUGUGUCUUUGCACAUUUUUUGGAGUUUCCAUUAUAAGUGCAUUUCUGUCAGUAAGGGUAAUUAAUUCCCUCUUAUUUUGAAUGUGCCAAUGAGGAAGAAGUGCUUAAUCAAAAGUGAAAGUGUUUAGUCUAUUGAAUGCGUCAUCGUUUGUUUCGAAAGUACCAUGGCUUUGAGCUGUUUGAUGUCUCUAAAUAAAAUGUGUUUGAUCAGUUAAUCUAUACAUAGUCAAAAAAUAAAUGACAUCAAGGCGACUGGUCUUGGAGCUGCUUGGUGAUGUUAACAAUCCUCGUUGUCCUCCUCUCGUGGGCUUACGGGCUGGAGGGAGCUGAUGUGGUUCUGUCCUGUUCUCUGAUCGAGGAUGGGGGAGGGAUGGGGGGCAUGACGGGAGGCUUUAUGUUCAAGCGCACCCCCUCCACUCUGGUCUUCAGGGAUCUUGUUGGGAAUGAUGAUCUGGCACCAGAACUGGUGACUCCAUAUAACCCCCCUGAGACACCUAAUGCUGAUGAUCUGAUUUUUGAGUUGAUGUUGCCAUCUCUUCAGAUUCCUAAUGCAGACUCACUUCUUCAUGCUGAUUGUAAUGAACAGGAAGUUGUUUGUGAAAUCAGCCGUUAUUUUCCUCGUGGUGCUGAUUCUUUACCUGCUCAUUUCAUUGGCUCAGUUCAUCUGGAAGGAAGUGGCCUGAGUCUCACUCUGGUGCUACAAACCCUGUCCAGCGAGACAGCAGAAUCUAACACACCACCACUUAUGCAGAGUAAACUAAACCUUCCACUCAGCCAAUCAGGAACAUUACUGACAGAGGUUGUGUUUGUGGUGUUCUCGCGUGUACCGUCCAUAAUGGCUCCAAUAGGGGGUGAUGCCAUUUUAGACUGUGGCUUUAGACAAAAGGACUCAAUCCCUGGACAGGAUGUGGCACUUGAGUGGCGUCAACAACACAGAGGAAAUGGCCAAAAAAUUCUUGAUAUGAAAGCGAGGGAGACAGAGACAGAGGUGGGAUCAGAUGUAUUAGUAGAGCGGGAAGGCACAAGUGCAGAAGCAGAUCUGCUGGUGAGGGAUGGUAAUGCAUCUCUUACUCUGAGGAGGUUAAAGGUCACAGAUGAGGGCACAUACAUCUGCACAGUCAGCUCUGGAGAGUUCCAGACACAACAGGUUGUCCAGCUGCACAUUACACAACCCCCUCGUGUCACAUUCUCAGAGGAAAAACUGACAUUUCAGGAUAACACACCCCAGAAACUGAUCUGUCACUGUCAUCGUUACUACCCUCUGGAUGUACAGGUGGAGUGGUUAUCUCAGCCCCCCUUUGUGGAAGAGCCUGUGUCUUUCUCAAAAGAAUCCACCCUCUCCAGUCACCAGCAGCACAGUGAUGGGACAUUUUCGCUCUCGUCUCACCUCAUCCUACGGUCCGACGAACACCCACCAGGAACUGUUGUCACCUGUAGGGUCUCUCACUCUGCCCUAGACACACCUGCUGAUGCCAGCCUGACUGUGGAUAAACCUGAGCCAAAAACAGACUUCUGGACUGGAAUUGUUUUAAUGUUGGUGUUAUCUGUGUUAUUUUUGUAUCAAGCAUUCAAAAGUACAGAGAGCUGAGGGGCAAUCUUCUGAGGCCAUGUGAGGGAAAAUCCAGGAAGGAAAUUGGAGCUUUUUUUUUUUUACAUCAUGAGUCAACAACAAUCUUCAAAUUAUGUUUUAAAUGUACCGUAUAUUUGUUUAAUGGGAAUUUAAU